CGGCGCUGGCGCUGCCGAGCUGAAAGAUGUCGGCGCCGCGCCGGGAGGAUCCCUCUGGUCCUCCCGGCAGCUACGCGAAGCGGGUCCUGGUGACCGGGGGUGCUGGAUUCAUGCCAGAAAGUUAUACAUGUCACAAGGAGGAUGUGAGAGUUUGUUUAUAGAUUCUGUUGAGAAGUGCAUCCCAUGUGAUUGUCUCCUUAGUAGAAGAUUAUCCCAACUAUAUGAUCAUAAAUCUUGACAAGCUGGAUUACUGUGCAAGCUUGAAGAAUCUGGAACCUAUUUCUAACAAACAAAACUACAAAUUUAUACAGGGUGACAUUUGCGACUCUCACUUUGUGAAGCUGCUGUUUGAGAUGGAGAAAAUAGACAUAGUCCUGCAUUUUGCUGCACAGACACAUGUAGAUCUUUCGUUUGUCCGUGCCUUUGAGUUUACAUAUGUCAAUGUUUAUGGCACUCAUGUUUUGGUAAAUACUGCUUAUGAAGCCAGAGUGGAGAAAUUUAUUUACGUCAGCACAGAUGAAGUAUAUGGAGGCAGUCUUGAUCAGGAGUUUGAUGAAUCAUCACCCAAACAACCUACAAACCCUUAUGCUUCAUCUAAAGCCGCCGCUGAGUGUUUUGUACAGUCUUAUUGGGAACGAUACAAGUUUCCAGUUGUCAUCACCAGAAGCAGUAAUGUUUACGGACCACAUCAGUAUCCAGAAAAGGUUAUUCCAAAAUUUAUAUCUUUGCUCCAACACGACAGGAAAUGCUGUAUUCAUGGAUCAGGGCUUCAAAGAAGAAACUUCCUUUAUGCUGCUGAUGUAGUGGAAGCAUUUCUCACUGUCCUCAAAAAGGGAGAACCAGGGGAAAUCUAUAACAUUGGGACCAACUUUGAAAUGUCAGUUGUUCAGCUUGCGAAAGAACUAAUACAGCUGAUCAAAGAGACCAAUUCAGAGUCUGAAACGGAAAGGUGGGUGGACUACGUUAAUGACAGACCUCACAAUGACAUGAGAUAUCCAAUGAAGUCUGAAAAAAUUCACAGUUUAGGAUGGAAGCCCAAAGUGCCUUGGGAAGAAGGAAUAAAGAAAACAGGCAACAGGGACGGACAGAUCGGACACAGACCACAAACUAGACAGAAGACACAAGGAGAGAAGUGGAGAAUUCAAACGGCUCACUCUUGGUCUAAGCUACUCCAGGAGAAAGUCUCUCUCUUCAUUCCUUGAUGCCUUAAAGAUGCACCUGCAUCCCCAGCAUUUCUAUCUGUAGGGAUUUGAAGGGGCAGGGUCUAUGUCCUUGGCUCUGUCUCAGUUUCUCCGGCCUCUCUUCUUCCUCUCUGCUAAACCCCACUCCAGGCAGACCCCCGCUGUUUCCCAUUCCCUGUAACUGCUGACAGCUGCCCUUCCUUGAACUUCAUGCUUUGUGUCUGCCCUGCUUUCUUUGAUAAUUAUGUGGGUUUUAUUUGGAAAGACUUGCCUUUAAUCCUCACUUCAGAGCUUCUUUGAGGAGACUCCUGCUUUUCUAUCUUGGAAUAAUUUUUCUUUCAUCCUUUCUUGGUGUUUAUAAUCAAUAAUUCUAAUAUUGCUUUGUGUACUGCUAAUCAUUAGUUAGUAUAUUUUUUCACAGCUGUAUCAAAUACCCGACAAAGGCAACUUAAGGGUGUGGUGGUUUGAAUGAGAAAUGUCCCCCGAGGCUCGUGAAUUUCAGCAUGGGUUCCAUUUGGUGACUCUGUUUGGGGGGUUAUGUAGCCUUUAGGAAGUGGAGCUUUGCUGCAGGACCCAAGUCAGCAGGGUCAGGGAUCGUCCUUUGCUUCUUUCCUUCUUGCUGUGUGCUUCCUGUGUGUGGAUAAGAUGUGAUCAGCCAGCUCCUGGCUCCCGCUACCAUUUCAUGCUUCCAGAUAUGAUGGACUCUGUUCCUCUGGAGGCCAGAAUAAGCUUUUUCUUCCUUAAGUUGCUUUUGAUCAUGACAUUUUAUCACAGCAACAGAGAAGUAACUAAUGCAGAGGGUUUGUUUGGGCUCUCAGUCUGAGGGUACAGUUCAUCGUGGUAGAGAGAGUGAAGGGACACUGGCCCACCAGAGCAUGUGGCUCUGCAGGCCUUGCCCGUCUCCAUUCCCUCUGCCUUGCUAAGAACCAUUAGAUCACAUUCCUAAAGCGAGUCACCAGGUCUGUUCCCUUAUUUGACCACUUCCUCCUCCUGAGGCUGACUGCCAAGGUCCAGCAAUCAGAAUCCUCCUUUGGUUCACCUAAUUAACAUGCCAAAUUAAAAUUAAACUCCUCAUCUUAGCACAGGGUUUCCCCAUGUACCUUUAUAAACCGCCGUUUGCCUAUGGGCCAUGUCUCUCGCCUCUAUACACAGGUAGUCCUUGGUCCCUCCAAGACAAAUACCACUUCUCCUUUGUCGUGUCCCCUUCCCCUUCUCCUUCAUCCCCUAUCUCCUUGGGCACAGCAUCCUAGCCCACUCUAACACAGACCUCCCCUUCACCUCUUAAGAUGACACCAGCAAGGUCAUUUGCUGCUGUUUUCUGUGUGAGUCAGAAAGCAGUCACUUGAACUUUUCUUUCUUGCGUAAUAAUAAAGUAUCCCUCUGUGAAAACAGGUGUAUGGGUGUGCUUUGUGCCUGAUUUGGGGUCCAGACGGCAUCCCCUGCUGAGCUUGGGACCAGAGCUUGGGGCCAUUGGUCACAUCACUUCUUCUGUUAAAUGGAAGUGUGCAGAGCUCAUUUUUUCCUUCCAGUCUAUACUCCAGCCUGUGGAAUGCCACCACCCACUUUUAGGGUGCCUCUUCCUGGAUCACUUAAACCUUUCUUGGAACACCCUCACACACACCCAAAAACAUAAUGAUUUUUUUUUAAUAUUUAGCACAAUUCCGUUAUUGAAUCUUUGGAAAUUUCACAUCAUGUACCCCAAUUCCGCUCACCUCCCAGUCCCUCCAUAUCCUCUCCUCCCCUCUGCAGUGGCCCCCACAUAAAUAUUUUUUUAAAAAAGCAAACAACAUAUUGCUUUUAAGUCUUAUCAGAUUGACAGCUGAGAUUACAACUUACCAUGUUCUAAUUGACAACUUAAAAUGAUUGUUUACAGUGGUGGAAAAUACUGUUUUAUCAAUGUGACAUCUUUAUUCUAAAUUCAGAAACUGGGAAGCCCCGUCAUCAUUUUCCCUUAGUUAAGUCAGUGUUCAGAAAUCAAGCCAUUCUAGUUCUCGUGUGUUCCCUUGGUUCUAAGCCACUGGGACCCGCUCCCUAUUCAAUAUCUGCUAACGUUAUGUAAGUUAAUUCCCAUCUGCUGACUGUUGACAUGGAGGGAAAACAUGGCUGUCUUCCUGUCCAGAGUUGUGAAAAUUAACCACUGGAGUUGGAGACAAGGGCAAGUACAGUUUCAGGCUAAGAGAGAUGUGGAAUAUUCAGCAAAUUAGGUUGAAUAAACCUUUGAGAAGUAUCUUUCUGUUUCCAGAAAAAUAAUGUUGCAUAUUAAUUAAUGGCUGUGGGAAUAAUUUUGCCCUUCACACACACACACACACACACACACACACACACACACACACACACACACACACACUGACAGAACCAAAUAAACAGUUGAAAAUAUGAAGCAACUUUACUUUGCCAAAACAAACAAGAAAUCUGCCAGAAGAAAAUGCCCAUUUUAACUAUUUGCAUUACCUACCAAACGAAGGUAGAUCUAAGCUUUAAUGCUUAUGAAACCACAUUCCCUUAAAUUUGCUGUUUCAGGUGUUCCCAUUGCCUGCAUCACAUUCCAAAUAUGCAUACAACCUCCGACUUGAUCUGCAAAUAUUUCCGUUAACAAAAAAGAAUAGUGCACCACAUAGUUGAAAUUAAAUCAGUUUCGAAUUCUCAGGAGCUGCAGUUGUGGCUGUGUAAGCCAAGGCACAAACCAAAUGGACUCAGCUGCUACAACACAACAACACAAUCACCACAAUCUGAUUCUCCUUUGUAAUUGUGAAGGUCCAAACAGCUUGGUUCAGAAAGGAAAUUAAAAGUUAAGAAUAAAAGGAAAUGAAGACAUUUUUAUCCCCAUCGUGUGCCAUGAUAGAGUAUUGAGUUGACCUUGUAAAGUUAAAGAUUUUGCUGUAUAUUACAUUGGCGCUGACUAUAAGAUCUGGAAAUUCUGUGUUUGUAUCUAAUGUUUGAAGCAGCAUAAUUUCAUUUAGUCAUGUUAUUUCUCAAUAAAGGUGAUGUUGUGGAAUAUUCUUU